CCACACACUUUUGCCUUUCAAAUAUUCCCUCCGUCUUCUACAAAUAAAUGCAACCUAUUGAUUCCUCUCUCACAGUCUCUACACCGUCACCAUCUCCAUCACAUUCAGAGCAUAUUUCAUCUGGAAUUCUCAUUUCUCUCUGCAUCGCCUCAUGGCGCUGGAGUUAGAGAAACCUCGAGUCACAGAGAUACAAGUCCGGAUGGACUGUAACGGGUGUGUGCAGAAGAUAAAGAAAGCACUACUUGGAGUUGAAGGUAUAUAUGAUCUUUCUAUUGACUUUCCUCAGCAGAAAUUAACGGUCAUAGGGCGGGCAGAUCCAGGGAAAAUACUCAAAGCUAUAAAGAAAACGAGAAAGAUUGCAACCAUUUGUUCCCAUUAUGAACCAGCAGACCCUGAUGCUCAGCCAUCAGCACAAGCACCUGAAGGUGGUCCACCAGCUCCUGAGACAGCAAACCCUCCUCCCCCAGCUGAAGCUCCACAGGGUCAAGCAGCUCCUCAAGCAGAAGCAGCACCACCAGCAGAGCCACCCAUGGACCAACCACCACCACCAGAGAAUCCACCAACAGAGGCCACACCUGCAACUGGGAGUGGUAAUGCCAAUGCCACCCAACCAGGGUACCCACCAGGACCAAAUGAUGUUGGAAAAGUUCAUGUAAUAUAUCACCACCCACCAGACUAUGGCUAUGGAUAUGGCUACGGUCACAACUAUGGUGGGCAUGAACGAUGGAGCAGAUACCCAAAUGUUCAGAGUUUUCCGCAUGAGCCACCCAAACCUAUCUAUAUCAGACAACACGAGCCACCAAAUGGCCAGAGUUUUCCACAGCAGCCACCCCAAACGGUCUAUGUGAGACAACAAGAACCACCAAAUGUCCAGAGUUUUCCACAUCAGCCACCUCAAACUGUCUAUGUGAGACAACAUGAGCCAAGACAACAUGAGCCAAUACAACAUGUGCAACAAAAUGGCCAGAGUUCUUCACAACAGCCACCUCAAACUGUCUAUGUGAGACAACACGAGCCACCAAAUGGACAGAGUUCUUCACAUGAGCCAUCACAACCUAUCCAUGUGAGACCACACGAAACGCCAAAUGGCCAGUGUUCUCUGCAUGAGCCACCCCAACCUAUCUAUGUGAGACAACAUGAGCCACCCCAACCUAUCUAUGUCAGACAAAAUGAGCCUCCCCAGCCUAUCUAUAUGACUCACAGCUACAACAGAUACAGGCCAUCACCCUAUGUGACCGAAUACCAGUGUGUCCAUUCACCACCACCUUACCCACAUUACAGCAGGAUGGACCCCUACAGUGAAGAAUAUCACAGCAACGGUAAUGGCAAUGGAAAUAUUACAUCUAUUUUCAGCGAUGAAAAUCCAAAUGCAUGUCGAAUAAUGUAGAUAGUUUGGCAAAGAAUGGUAUGAACAUGAGGCUGUUUCUUUUCUCUCCAAGACAGAAAAUUACUAAAAUAUAUAUAUAUAUAUAUAAAGAAGAAAAAUAAAUAUAAUUUUUAAAACAUGAGAAUCUAUGGGCUGUGACAUUCUUGCUAUGAGCUUGUGAGAAAAAUUGCAAAUGUUGGGGCAGGAAUAAGAUUCUAGACUUGCA